AUGGCUAAGCGUUUCAAGCUCAAAAUUUCUCGUCUUUUACUAUCUUUCCGAUUAUGUCGAUCAAUAAAAGCUUCCAACUUACCGGACAUUCCAUUCCCUUUCAUUCGCCGCCUAUCUCCGGUGAAUGCUACAGCCUUAGGCGUUGGCUAUCGGAACCUGAACCUCCCUGCUCCGCCGCCUCCGACACCAGACCUCUCUGUUAUCAAGCGCCAUUUAUCACCGAAGAUAGCAUCAGCCACGAGAAAUAAGAUGGAGAAUGAUUCUCACAUGGAAACUAAGAAGAAGAAGACGAAGAAGAAGAAGCCAAGCAAUGCGAAGAUGGUGAAGAGAAUGAGAACUUUCGGCUCAAAGAAACACGGCGGUGAUCCGCUGUGGAGGGCGGAAGGGAAGGUGAGGGAGAGCGUAGCGGUGGUAAAGAGAUUGGAGGAUCCUUACGAGGACUUCAAUGGGUCGAUGAUGGAAAUGAUAAUGGAGAAGCAGAUGUUCCAAGUGGAGGAAUUGAAGCAGCAGUUGCUGUGCUUUCUUUCGUUGAAUUCGAUCGAAUUUCAUGGAAUUAUUGUGGAGGCCUUCAUCGAGAUUUGGGAAGCUUUGUUUUAUGAGCAGUAA